AUAUUUCGACACUGAGCUUCUCUUCGUUCUUCGCCUCCUUAUCUUGCUCUGUUUAGAGAAUUUAUAUUUGAUGUGGGAAAUUAUUGACACUUAAAGAAAAAUAAAAAAUUUUAGAAAUGUAGUUCAAAAGAGAGAAGAGCGAGAAAAAAAAUAGGAAAAUGAUGAAAUUAUCGGAAUCGUUACGAAGAAGAUAUAUAAUCAUGUGCAAUAUCUAUGAAGGACAGAUGAUCUUUGAGAGAUACGAAUUUUUUUUUUUCAUAAACAGAAAAAAGUUUUAGUGGAGUGAAUAAUAAAUCGAUCAUCCGGGAUUCCAAUUUUAAUGACUCAAACAAUAAUCUUUUGCAUGGUAUGAUCGAUUUGAUGAUUAAAAAGUUCAAAGAAAGACGUAUCCCUCGAAUUAUAUUUCUUUUGGGAAAGAAACAACGGAAGAAAAGCGGAAAGAGAAAGAAAGAAAAGAAUAAAAGUGAUAAAGAGAUAAAGAAGACGUGUUAUAUGUAUAUAUAUAAUGUGUGUGUGCGUGUGAAACAGUGAUAAAAUAGAGAAAAAGAAAAACAUUUUUGUCGUUUAAAAACUUAUUGCUAGUAUAGUUGAAUAUGUUAUAUUGAAAAAAAAGAGUCAAGGAAGAAUCAGAAGAAAAGGAAAACGAGAUUCAAGGGAUAUAAGACAAAAAAAAGAAAAAUGACAGGUAGUCGUAAUAACGAAAUAAAUCCAAAAGAGGGAUUGUAUGAUGAAGGUGGAAAACAUACGGUUCAUUGGUUUCGCAAAGGUCUCAGACUUCACGAUAAUCCUUCGUUGAGGGAAGGUCUUGCUGGAGCCUCCACCUUUCGUUGCGUAUUUGUUUUGGAUCCGUGGUUCGCUGGAAGUACUAACAUUGGUAUCAAUAAGUGGAGAUUUUUACUACAAUGUUUGGAAGAUCUUGAUUGUUCAUUGAGAAAACUAAACUCUAGGCUAUUUGUGAUACGAGGACAGCCGGCAGAUGCUCUGCCGAAAUUGUUUAAAGAAUGGGGUACUACAAAUCUGACUUUUGAAGAGGAUCCAGAGCCAUUCGGACGUGUCCGAGAUCAUAAUAUCUCGGCACUUUGUAAAGAGCUUGGUAUUUCGGUAGUUCAAAAGGUCUCACAUACUCUUUAUAAAUUGGAUGAAAUUAUUGAGAGAAAUGGUGACAAAUCUCCGUUAACUUAUCAUCAAUUUCAAACUGUCGUUGCCAGUAUGGAUCCUCCGGAACCACCAGUGCCAACAGUUACUUCUGCUUGCGUAGGUUCGGCAUAUACUCCUUUAAAAGAAGAUCAUGACGAUCAUUAUGGUGUACCGACGCUCGAAGAACUUGGCUUCGACACAGAAGGUCUCCUUCCACCUGUGUGGGUCGGAGGUGAAAGUGAAGCUCUGGCACGAUUGGAACGGCAUCUAGAGAGAAAAGCAUGGGUGGCCAGUUUCGGAAGGCCAAAAAUGACUCCGCAAUCAUUAUUGCCUAGUCAAACCGGUCUUUCACCUUAUUUACGAUUCGGAUGUUUGAGCACCCGAUUAUUUUAUUAUCAACUCACUGAUCUCUAUAAGAAAAUAAAGAAAGCUGUACCGCCGCUUUCAUUGCAUGGGCAACUUUUAUGGCGUGAAUUUUUUUACUGCGCCGCAACGAAAAAUCCAAAUUUUGAUCGCAUGCAAGGUAAUCCAAUUUGCGUGCAAAUUCCUUGGGAUAAAAACGUUGAGGCACUCGCUAAAUGGGCAAACGGUCAAACAGGAUUCCCCUGGAUCGAUGCAAUAAUGACUCAACUAAGAGAAGAAGGUUGGAUACAUCAUUUGGCUAGACACGCAGUCGCUUGUUUCUUAACCAGAGGUGACCUUUGGAUCUCUUGGGAAGAAGGAAUGAAGGUAUUUGAUGAGCUGUUACUAGAUGCUGACUGGUCAGUAAACGCAGGAAUGUGGAUGUGGUUGUCGUGCAGCUCUUUCUUUCAACAAUUUUUUCACUGCUAUUGUCCAGUAAGAUUUGGCAGGAAAGCCGAUCCGAAUGGUGAUUACAUUAGACGAUAUUUGCCAGUUUUAAAAAAUUUUCCCACGAGAUAUAUUCACGAACCAUGGAAUGCACCACUUAACGUACAACGUGCAGCUAAAUGUAUCAUUGGCAAAGAUUAUUCAUUACCGAUGGUGAACCAUAGCAAAAGUUCUAGAAUUAAUAUUGAAAGAAUGAAACAAGUUUAUCAACAAUUAAAUAAAUAUCGUGGAAAUGGAGUCUCUCUUAAAGGAGAAACUGUUGCUUUUCGGCAAGGUUUACUGAAUGCACUACCACCUCCGUCAAUGAAAGAAAUUGAGGAAGAAAAAAAGAAAACCAAACAAUCUUUGUCAUCAUCAGAGAAUCAAUCAAAAAUGGAAAUUCUUCCUAAGACGACGCAACAACAACACCAUCAUCAAUAAUGAUGGUUAAUACCGAUGAUACGGAAAUAACAAUACGUUGAUCCGAA